UUUCACCGGAGCGUUUUAAGAAGGCCAAAAUACUCAUUGAACGCAAUCCCCGCUUGCUUCUCGUUCCGAUGCCAGAAACACCUGGUAAGGGGGAUCUACCUGGCGUCCAGAAAGAGGUUCUACACAUACGCGAUUUGGCUGUUGGGGGACCGGUUGAAACCACGUUAUUGAGAAAACCCACUCCCGUCGAGGUUCUCAAGGAAGUUAGCCACCACGAAAUUGUCCAUUUCGCCUGCCACGGAGUGUCCAACAUCAACAACCCUUCCGACAGCCACCUAAUUCUGUUCAACCAGGAUGGGGAUAAAGCUGAUAACCUCCGGGCUCGAGAUAUAUCGAAUCUUGUUGCGCAAAAUGCACAGAUUGCAUACCUUUCUGCCUGCUCCUCAGCUAAAAAUUCCUCGGACGACUUAGCCGACGAAGCCAUACACCCUGCUAGCGCAUUUCAGCUCGCAGGGUUUAGCCAUACCCUCGCAAACUUGUGGGAUACUGAUGAUCUUGCGGCCUGUGAAGUUGCGAGUGAUUUCUAUGACUUGCUUUUAAAAAAUCGGGGGCACUGCGACGAUGACCACCAGCUAGUCUCCGCCGCAUUUCACAAGUCGGUGAAGAAACUUAGGGAUCGGAUACCUGGAAAACCCCUUGUAUGGGCCCCCUUUAUACACACGGGUGCC